CAGCCGCCUUUCGAGCAGGAUUACCCAGUCACUCAGACCAGACAGCAAUUCAAAGGAUAUACAUUAACCCGAAGGAUAAUCAACGCAAUCAUGUUCACCAAGUCUAUGUUGAGCUUCUCCCUGAUCGUGGCCCUCUUUGCUGUCUGCCACACCAGUCCCGUUCCGGAUAAUAAUGGCAAGUAUACGGUUCCACAGCAAUCCUCUAGCGAUGGAAAGUAUCGCCCCAGCGACGAUGGACGGUACCAUGGGAACUCCCAGAACGGAGGUCGCUAUUAUCACAUGCCCCAGCCUUAUAGGCAUGUGGACGAUCAGCGCGAGCUUGGAAUCUACCACCACAUUCCCAAUCCCUAUGAUGGUGGGUAUGGACCUUAUGCCGGUUUGAACCUUCCUUAUGUCCAUGACGACAGGCCCUACAACCACGACCUGUACACAACCACUACCACAAAGAAACCCACAACCACCACCAAAAGGACGACGACCACAACCACCACGACCACCACCACGCCCAGGAGUAUCCUGUUCAACUACGAUGACGAGGGUCGCCACAAGAUUCUGCACAAGGAAGAGGUCCGCAAGCAGGACAAAUACGAUCAUUCUUACCUGACCGAGAAUGGAAUCUAUGGCGAGGAACAGGCCAAGCUUCAUCACACUGGAGGAACCCACGCCAAGGGCUUCUAUGAGUACACUGGAGAUGAUGGCAAGCUGUAUCGCGUGAACUACGCCUCCAACGAUGGUGGCUUCAUGCCCCAGGGCGACCACAUCCAUCCGAUUCCCGAGGCCAUUGCCCGUGCCCUCAAGUACGUGGAGGAGCAGCACAAGGCCAAUGGAGGAGCUCAGUUCGACCAUCGCGGCUUCCGCAUCAAUCACAUGACCAAGGAUAUUAAGGCCCAGAUCAAGGCGAUACAUCUGGAUCAGAUGCCCAAGGAGCUGAGCGAUCAGAUCCGCAUGCUCGAGCACGAGGUGGAGCUCGCCGAGGAGGAGGAGCGCGAGGAGCAGGCCGAGCUGGAGCGCCUCCGCAAGGCCGCCAAGAUCCAGAAGUCCCACUAAGUGCGAGUCCCGAGCUCGCCUCAUCCACAGCCAUAUGUUCCCGCUACCCAAGCCCCAGAAACAGUCCUAGUCCAUCCAAAAUCCAACACCCAACUCCAUUCCCCAUGCAUUUGCCCCGUUAACCCCAUUGAUCUGGGCAAACACUAUAACAAGCCAUCGCAAUACCGAAAAAAAAUCCACAAAAAAAAGGAAAAGAAAGGUGAAGAAUGUCAGCAUCGAAUUGCAACCGGAGAAUUCGUACAUAUAGUCCGCUCCUAUGUUAUUUCGUAUUUAUUUAUCUGUCGAACUUAUCGUAUAUGACGAUGUUGCUAUGCAUAAGAUAAUUAAUUUGUUAUUAUGAUAUAUCGAAAUAAAACCUACUAAAUAUUUGUUAUAAACUA